AUGUCGGCGAGUCAGCCGCACGCCAACCACCAAUUCAUGGGAAGCGCCCCCCAGCCCCCGAGAUCCCCGUACCAAGCCGCCGGGUCGUCUGGAUAUCGAGGCAACACUGCCCCGGUGCAGCCCUAUGCCUUCACCAGUACCCCAAACCUCAAUCAGACCAUGUCCUGGCAGCAGUAUGGUGCCUACAGGACGGCCUCGUCCCCCGCCACCGCAGGGGCUCAGCCCUACGACCUCAACGCCAACUACCGGGCACCGCUCCCGAGUGGUCCUCCCGCUACAAACGUGGGAUACUCGCACUCGUUUGGAGUUGGUAACGGCGGGUCGCGUGACGACUCGGCGCUCUCGACGAACCGGAACAUUACCCCGACGUCUCGGUCACAGUCGUUUUUGGCUGUCAACUCACAACCUUCCUUCAGCUCGGGCGCUCCCAGCAGAAACGCCCCUGAUCGUUACCGGCGGUCGAGCGGUGGAAACCUUCAUUCUCGCUCGCAGAGCUCGACCCUACCAUCGAGCAUCUCAAUGGUGAACAGCCAGCAGUUGUACGCCGCACAGGGCAAUCCGAGGUACUCUGCGCCAAACUUUCCGGGUAGCCGAGGCCUGGCCGCCGUCUCAUCUUUCGACGACAUGCAUCUUCACAACCGAUCACUUCAAGAAGAUGGUAGGAGAAUGCGUCGUCGCAGCAUGCACACGAUCGACUUGCCCAAUACCUCCAAGGCUAGCUUGAGCCCCGCCGAUGCAAUACGCCCUGAAAAGGACUCGAAGUCACCGCGCUUGUCUCCCCACGCGACGACCCAUUCUCGCAGUGGCAGCUCGGAGAGCACUUCUUCGACUCGAAGCAGCAAUUCGCGUCAGUCUUCAAUUACCAACCGCAAUAUUCCCGUCUCCACCGGGAACCCCUCAUCACCUGCCUCUGACGAUACAUCCUCCAAGGCGGACCAGGCCAAGCUGCUAAACAUUCCUCCACGCGGCUCGUCUUCCGAGGCGACCAAGCGCACGCUCAGUCCCUCUCCCCUGUCGAAACCGGCGACGAUGGCCAAUGACGCUUCAGACGAGUCGUCUCCGACGUCUGCUGGAUCUGCGGGCGCCAAACUCAACUCCCCAGCGGCAAAGCAGCUGGCUGCGAUCAACCAGAAGGGAAGUAGGGCUAAGAGCAAGACGUCUCGUCUGCGGAGGGCUUUCUCGUUUGGCAGCGCGGCAGACUUCCGUAAGGCUGCGGGCGGUGAAGAAGAUGGCGUCGAAAAGAUGGAACCAUCAAAGCUCCACAAAGAGCCUACGCCCGAUGAAGCCUACGAUGCCGAGCAGGCUCGCAUCGCCGAGGCGCAGGAGGCGGCGGGCAUAGGCAGCAGCAUCUACGGCGGACGCUUUUUCGGCUCGACUGACAACCUGUCCAUUUCCUCCACGGCAUCGUCGGCGUCGGUCAUGAUUCGCAAGAUGGGGCGCGGGAUGAAGAAAAGCACCCGCUCGCUCGUCGGUCUGUUUCGGCCCAAAUCGAUGCCUGGGUUUCCCACCCCAGAUGGACUGCCACAGGAUGCCAGCCAGCCAGCCGUGUCCAUGAUAACUGUCGAGGCCGAGACUCAACGGGUCAACGUGACUGCUGACCCUGCUCUGACGAACGGCGGCACCGGGUUCCCCCACCUUGAGCGGAAUUCUCUGGACGCUGCGCAGGUGUCAGACAUGGCGUCAGAGCGCCUCGACAGUUCGGGUACGGACCAAUCGGCCCCACGCAAAAGCAUCGUCGGCGGCGACAAGGAACGUGCAGAAGUGCUGGCUGCUGUCCGAAAGGGAAUACUGAAGCGUUCUUCGAGCCCGUCUAUUCGCGCAGCCGAUGCAUCUCCGGACCUGGUGCUGCCCAACAUGCCAGCCAUCUCGGAUUCGCCGAGCUCGAGUGCGCCCAGCACACCAAACGACGAGUUGCAGGGCCACAAGAGGACUGACUCGAUUGCUAUUGGCAACGAGGACUACUUCAUGUCUGCGCUGCGGCUGCGGCAAGACACCAAGAGCCCGCCCGGAACGCCUCAGGGAACGAAACGAAGCGCCACCUUCUCGCCCCGCAUUAUCUUCUACGACACUUGGCCGAGUCAAGAGUAUGACCGACGGGGUGACGUUGCGACGUGCAAUCGUCUCACGCCGAUGCUGGCCCAGCAAAUCAAGGAAGAGCUCAACACGUUCAAGAUGGAGAUGGAAGUCCACGAAAACUCCAAGAUUUACACGCACUUCUUCUGA